AUGUCCACACAGGAGCAAGCAUGCUUCUACACCCAGUUUCUCUUCGCCCGACCUACCGGCAUAGUUGAGACAUAUAAUGACCGUGAUAUAGCAGUCUGGAUCGAAGACGGGAAUACUGCAGUCAACAAAGACAACGUUUCAACUUUCAUGUGCAUCGAAAACUGUGACGGUCACGACCACAAUUCGACCAUCUCCGACGACCAUCACCCUGUGACUCUUUAUACCGGCGGGCCUCUAACAGCAGUUACCGCCAAAGAUCCUCUCAUCUUUACCAGCUUCGAUACCCCAACCAAGACUUUCGGCCCUUUGCAAACCGUGGGUGUUGGUACGCCUGCUGGAUUCACACCAAUUGGUAUCUCUCUUCCUAAAGCCUCCCUUGCUGCAAAAUAUCUUCAGAGACGUGACGCAAAUGCCGGGGCCAACCUCGGUGCAGCUACUGCUUGUAUAACCUUCACAAAAACGGUGACGGUUUCAGCAUCACGAGCUACUGCGACUACAGUCACAACCUUGACCGGGACCAUCUAUCAAUUCUACACAGACAAGUAUGACAACGUAGGAUUCAGCUCGAUCAAAGCGACUUAUACUGGGCCUUCCACGGCAUACAUCACCGGCACAUUGACAUAUACCGUUCAUACGGUGGCCACGGAAACCACUGUCACUCUACCCACACAAACCACGACGGUCUCGGCGACAAGUGUGUAUGCUGCCUGCGCGACUGAUAAUUUCGUCAAUGUGUACCAAAAUUCCAGCAGCGGCAAGAUCAAUUCCAUGACUCCAGACAAUCGAUUGCUCGAUACUGGUGGCGCAUUCUACUCAGACGAAGCUGCAAGUACUGUGGAGUGUUGCGUUCGGUCUUACUCCUACCCGAACAUCGCUUACUGGCAAUACAAUGAAUAUCAAGAUGCUCACGGCCAAUGCGUGAUGGUGAAUGCCACAGAGUGUUGUAGUGCCGUUGGUAGAAGCAAUUACACUGUCAAGGUCUAUGGGCCAGAGCAGCGUUAUGCUGAUGAUUACGGCUCGUGGGUGACAGGCAACUCAGGCUGCUGGCAGAUUUCGGAAGCCGUGUUGGGUGAUCGUUUCCGGAGUUAG